CAGUUUAGUGAAUCAGACAUCCCUAUUGUUAUAAAGCCCAAGUAGGGGCAGACCAUUCCUAAUAAAAAUUAACGCUCACAAAUGGGUAGCAUUGCAAGAGAUACCAAACUUCAUGUUGUAUGUGUCCCCUAUCCAGCUCAAGGACAUGUAAACCCAAUGUUUAAGCUAGCAAAACUCCUCCACUUCAAUGGCUUCCACAUAACCUUCGUUAACACAGAAUAUAAUCACAGACGUUUACUCAAAUCAAGGGGCCCUAAUUCACUUGACGGGUUCCAAGAUUUCCACUUUGAGACUAUUUCUGAUGGUCUACCAGCAUCUGAUGCUGAUGCAACACAAGAUAUCCCUUCUCUUUGUGAUUCUACUUCUAAACACUCCUUGAUACCUUUCUGUAAUCUUCUUUCUAGUCUUGGGUCUUCUAGUAGUAAUUUGCCUCCUGUUACUUGUAUCAUUUCUGAUGCUUGCAUGAGCUUCACUCUUGAUGCUGCUCAAGAAUUUGGAAUUCCUCAAGUACUUUUUUGGACUCCUAGCUCUUGUGGUGUUCUGGGCUAUUCACAAUAUUGUCAUCUUAUUGAAAGAGGCUUAACACCCCUCAAAGAUGCAAGCUAUCUAACAAAUGGGUACUUGGAAACAACUAUAGAUUGGAUUCCAGGCAUGAAAAACAUUAGAUUAAAAGAUCUUCCAAGCUUUAUUAGAACAACAGACAAAAAAGACAUUAUGCUCAACUUCCUCGUCAGGGAAAUAGAGAGAACGACAAGAGCUUGUGCUGUCAUUUUGAACACAUUCGACGCAUUUGAGCAAGACGUUCUAGAUAUUCUCUCCACAAUGUUUCCUCCAAUUUACACUAUUGGUCCACUCCAGCUUCUUGUUGAACAAAUUCCAUCAAGUAGCAGCUUGAAAAAUUUAGGCUCAAAUCUCUGGAAAGAACAACCUGAAUGUAUAGAAUGGCUUGAUUCAAAUGAAGAAAACGCUGUCGUUUAUGUCAAUUUUGGAAGCAUAACUGUGAUAACUCCUCAACAAAUGAUAGAAUUUGCAUGGGGGCUUGCAAAUAGCAAGAAACCAUUCUUGUGGAUAAUAAGGCCGGAUCUUGUGGUCGGCGACAAAGCAAUGUUGCCACCAGAAUUUGUAUCGGAAACUAAAGAAAGAGGCAUGUUAGCUAGUUGGUGUCCACAAGAACAAAUCUUGAAGCAUCCUUCAAUUGGAGGAUUUUUAAGUCAUAUGGGGUGGAAUUCAACAUUGGAUAGUAUGUGUGGAUGUGUUCCAAUGGUUUGUUGGCCUUUUUUCGCUGAGCAACAGACAAAUUGUUGGUUUGCUUGUAAUAAAUGGGGUGUUGGAAUGGAAAUAGAUAACAACGUAAAGAGAGAAGAAGUGGAGAAGCUUGUAAGAGAGUUGAUGGACGGAAAGAAAGGCAAGGAAAUGAAAAAGAAAGCAAUAGAGUGGAAAAGUAAGGCAGAGGAGGCUACAGGACCAGGUGGUUCUUCUCGCAGAAACUUUGAUGAAUUUGUUGGGUUUCUUCUAAACAAUCAACUGAGUAGAAAAAAAUUCUAAUGGUAGGAUAGAGUUUAAGACUCACUGGAUGGAUGAUGUUUGUUGGUGCAAUAAGUAUUGUUACUCUUGUAAUCAAUUUCAUUUGAGGAAGAAUUAUUUAAUCCUAAUUAUGAAAUUCAACCAUUUA